AUGGCACCCCUCAUCGAGGACGACGAGUUCGGUCUCAGCUCCGGUGACGAAGCUGAACUUCUAGACCUUGCAAGCAGCAUGGAGCAGAAAGCUAGUCAUAAGCGGAAGUCUCCCUUCGACGACCUUCUGCCUGCGAAGAGAACAGCUAUCGAUACUAAGCGUCUAGCUUUGGCUACCACAGCCUUGACCCAAAACUUUGGAUUGCAAGCAUUCCGCUUACAACAAGAGCAGGUCAUAUCUACACUGCUCGACGGUGAGAGUGCGGCAGUCGUUUUCCCCACUGGCGGUGGCAAGAGUCUCUGUUACCAAAUUCCUGCAUUGGUCUUCUCGGAUGUUGACACGCUGUCGAAUAUUCGUGGGGGUGGAGAGAGUGGAGUCACCCUAGUCGUAUCUCCACUGAUUGCUUUGAUGAAGGAUCAGGUUGACGCUCUCGUCCGACGUGGUAUCCGUGGAGCUGCUGUUAUGGACUCUACGAAAUCGAGGGAGGAGUAUCUCGAGAUAGUUGAGAGGCUCCGCAAUGGUGAACUGAAACUGCUCUAUGUUGCCCCCGAGCGAUUGAACAAUGAGGGCUUUGUCGAACAGAUGAAACACGUCAGAGGAGGUGUCCGUCUACUUGCCGUGGAUGAGGCGCAUUGUAUAUCCGAAUGGGGACAUGCCUUCCGCCCAGAUUAUCUCAAGGUCUCUCGAUUCGCUGAAGAGAUCCAGGCCGAACGGGUCGUUUGCCUUACAGCGACUGCUACACCGCGGGUUGCUCAAGACAUCUGCAAAGCCUUUAAUAUUGACGAGAAAGUUGGACUUUUUCGAACUUCAACCUACCGCUCCAAUCUCCAGCUUCUCGCAGAAUCAGGUCUUACCAAGAAGGAAUUGUAUCCUAGACUUUGCAAAUUCCUCGAAGAGAAUCCCGGACCCUCAAUUGUCUACGUGACUCUCCAGAAGCAGACCGAAGAGUUAGCCGCAGAGCUGACCCGCAAAGGCUUUAAAGCAAAGUCUUUCCAUGCCGGUAUGGAUACCUCUGUUAAGACCAUGAUUCAAGAAGAUUUCAUGAGACGAAACGACUUGAUUAUUGUUGCUACUAUCGCCUUCGGCAUGGGCAUCGACAAGGCAAACAUCCGGAACGUUGUGCACUAUAACAUUCCCAGCAGUCUGGAGUCCUAUAGUCAAGAGAUUGGCAGAGCUGGAAGAGAUGGUAAGACUAGCAAAUGCAUGUUUUAUGUCUGUGGGGAGGACCUCCAUCUCCGUGAGAUUUUUGCAAGAGGUGAUCUUCCAUCAAAGGAGUCUGUUCGUGGCGUUAUUGGGGAUAUCUUCGAUUCCACCACCAUGAGCCUUCCAAUUGGCGGCGAGAUUAAACGUUCGUUGUACACCCAGGGAAAGGAUUAUGACAUUCGUGCCACCACUCUGAGCAAUAUAUACGCUCAGCUGGAGCUCACCCACGGCCUUAUCCGAGCUACAACACCGAUGUAUACUAAAUACACCUUCACCCCUGGCGCUCAGUAUAAGUCAAAGAUAGAAUCCGACAAAUCUCCCGGGGCGAUUGCAAUCAAUGCAUUUGCAAAAAAGGCAUCCAAGUUAUGGCAUGUCGACGUCGAUGCUGCUGCUGUUCGAUACCAGAUUCCCCGGACAGAUAUUGUUCGGAAGCUGAAUGAUUUGAAUGAGAGUAGAGCUAUUGAGCUCAAACCUGCCGGUGUGAUAAAUGUCUUCAAAAUCGUGAAGGCUCCACCAAAAAGCCCUACAGAGAUUGACAUGAUCACAAAGUCGAUUCACGAAAUCAUGGUCAAGCGUGAGCAGGAGGCCCUAGUUCGAACAGACCAAAUGCUACAGCUCAUCACUGGCGAAGCCUGUUUCACCCGAGUUCUUGCCCAACAUUUUGGGGACGAUUUACCUGACGACAAGGAGGAAUGCGGACAUUGUACUUGGUGCAUGACCCAUCUGGCGGUGAAGCAGCAAGUUGCUCCACCUCUUAUGUUCAACUAUGCCGCUUUCAAAGCUGUUCUGGACAAGGUACCUGAUAGGGAUGACGCGAGAUUCUUGGCCAGAGUAGCUUUUGGUAUUACUAGUCCCCGGUCGACAGCCAUGAAACUUGGGAGAGAUCCAGUCUUUGGAUCUCUCGAUGAUCAUGCGUUUAUUGUAUGA